CGGGCCGGGACCUUCUAAGGCGCCUCUCUGCGGUUUUCCGAGAGUACGCUGAGCGCAACGGCUGUUGAGCGGUCUGGUGUGGGUGGAGUGGCCCUAAGUUAAAGGCUGGACGCGUACGCGACCUGUAGGGUUCACGUGUAAAGUGAUUCGGCUGGGGCGAGAAGGAGACCCUUUCGCAGUGAUGUGGGGCCUUCGUGUUCCUUGUGCGUGGCUCCAGGCUGAUCGCCCACCACUAGGCAGCCCACCAUGUAACCUCUUCUCCCUCAGUCUGGCUUAAGAGUAUUUGGAGGCGACCACCCUCUGGGAAGCUGGCAGAUAACCAAAGAAGUCACUGGAGAAAUGGACUCUACUUGGUGUUCAACAAAUACUUGCUGAGUGUCUGACACUGUGAAUGAAACAGACUCUAUGUCCUCAUGGAGCUGCCAUCCCAGUGGAGGAGGCAGAUCAUACACAAGCAAGUUCAGCACUAAGAUGAUUGCAGUGACCACACACCUACAUCGUUUCCUGGUGUAAACCUCCAGGUGGACCUGCUUGACUUGAACAGAAAUGCUGAGACCAAAGCAAACUUACUGGAGGAAUUGGCCGUGAGCUGUGGGCCGCGCUAGCCUCCACCAGAUUUCCUGGCCAAACUGAGGAGGAGAGAUGCCCUGGACCGUCCUGCUCUUUACAGCCGGCUCCUUGGCAAUCCCAGCGCCAUCCAUCCUGCUGGUGCCCCCACACCCCAGCAGCCAAGAAGACCCCAUCCACAUCGCCUGCGUAGCCCCUGGGGGCUUCCCAGGGGCAAAUUUCACACUGUACCGUGGUGGGCAGGUGGUCCAGCUCCUGCAGGCUCCCGCGGACCAGCUUGGGGUCACCUUCAACCUGAGUGGCGGUGGCAGGGAGGCUCCAGGGGGCACAUUUUACUGCCGGUAUGGUGUGCUAGGUGAGCCACAGCUGUCAGACUGCAGCAAGCCCGUGCACGUCUCCUUCCCAGUGCCCACUUGGAUACUGGCACUCUCCUUGAGCCUGGCCGGAGCCCUCCUUCUCCUUGCUGGGCUGGUGGUCGUUGCCGUGGUGGUCAGGAAAGUUAAAGUAAAAAAUUUGCAGAAGAAAAGAGAGCGAGAAUCCUGCUGGGUCCAGAUCAACUUCGCCACCACAGAUAUGACCUUUGAUAACUCUCUGUUUGCCAUCUCCAUGAAAAUGAACCCAGAAGAAGAUGCAGCUACUCUGGAUGCUUGCUCAGGCGCCGCCGAGACACCUGGCAACUCUGGGCCCCGGAAAAGGCCCACCUCCACAUCAUCCUCGCCUGAGCCCCCCGAAUUCAGCACUUUCCGGGCCUGCCAGUGAGGCUGAGGAUCGGGGGCCCCUCUAUGUCUGUGCACUCUCCAUUCAGCCCCCUCUCUUGAGGGCCUGAAGUCCCUCCCGCUACUUUGGGGUUUCUGGCUGCCGCUUUUUCAGGGAAUUGACAGGGGAGAUAAAGGGAGUCCUUGGCCUUGGGACCUUCCUCACAGAAAAGCAGGAGUAAGCACAGGGGGCACAGACAUUGUCCUGGAGGUUGGACAGAAAGCAGGAAGACUCUUGUUGACUUCCCAGCUUCUCAGACCACGUGGGAAGGAGAUGUUAGGAUAUCUGUGGCCCCCAAUUGGGCCAUAAGAGGUCUGAGUCCUCCACAUAACCCUCCGAUGUCCUCCUCCCCUUUCCACAUCUGACUUGACCAACCCAACUGGGUUUUUGGAGCAUAGGGUACCUGGGGGUAUGUUCUGUAAGUCUGUCCUGCUGGCAUGCCUAAGUUAUUAAUUAUAACACGUGUUGAGGUGUUCCCA